UGCCACCAUCACCUCACCAUUCUCCAGUGGCUCACGUGCCGCAGCAUGCUCUGAUGAGUCUUUGGAGGAAAGGAAAAAUCCACCACACUGGAGUCCUGAGGGGCAGCAGCAUGUGGGGGCGUUUUCCAGCUUCUGAGAAAAGGAUGUUGCUCCCAGCUUCAGCCGGAUGAGGCAGAUUUAAUGAGAAAAGAAAGGAAUGAGACCUGAAUCAGGCUGCCCCUGUUAUUUCAAAAUUGUAUUUGAUUAAUUGGUGUUAGUAACAUGAAUCUUCUGUGAUGAUUUUUUAACUGGGGAAGUGGGAAAAUAAAGCUGCUUUACUGACUGAAUGUCUUAUUUUUCAUAUGUUAAACUUCAAAUCCAAUCCUUGUAUGCAGUUUAACACAGAAGAUGAUCUGCUGCUUUAAUUUGGUCAUUAAUCUUCAAUGGUCUGCUUUCCUUUUUCUUUUAUAAGUAAGAUAGGUUACACAUGAGGCUAUAACUGGGGCUUCCUUUCAGUGUUUGGUCUGCUGUCACCCGGAGGACAAAUCAAGCAUCUCAUGCGCUCAGCUGUGCGCGCGCAAGGGGUGAAGCCUCGAGAAAAGGGCAUCACAAGACGAGGAACACCCCCCACUGUAAAUACGCAGUAGAGGAACACGGUAGCUUUGGUGUGAGAGCUCAUUUUCUAUGGUUUAGAGGCAAGCGGGGACCUUUCAACGUCUGGAAUCCUGCUCCGGAUCAUCGUGGAGCCACAGAGGCACACAAUGUAGUGGCGAGACAGGGGGCAUCUCCGGGGGAGAGAUCUGGGGAUGCGCGGAGUCGGGAACCAAACAACACUGGACAUGCGCUCAGAAAGUGGGUAAAAGAGAGUUUUGGGGGACACAGGAUGGACACUGCGGAGGUGAUCCUCUCCGUGUUGAUGGUAGUGAUCAUCGUUGUGUCGUUGCUGUCCAACGUCCUAGUGCUGAUCUGCUUUGUGUACAACCCAGAGAUCCGCAAGCAGGUCCCGUGUCUGUUCAACCUCAACCUCACCUUCUGCAACUUGUUGCUGACCGUGUCCAACAUGCCGCUCACUUUGGUGGGGCUUGUCAGCAAGGCUCAGCCGGGGGGAGACGGGUUUUGUCAGAUCGUGGGCUUCCUGGAGACAUUUCUGUCCACCAACUCUAUGCUGAGCAUGGCAGCCCUGAGCAUCGACCGGUGGAUCGCAGUGGUGUUUCCCCUGAGGUACCACUCCAAAAUGCGCCACAAGGACGCAGCGUUUGUUCUCGGGUACACGUGGGCGCACUCCAUGUCCUUCUCCACGGUGGCCACCUGCCUGUCCUGGGUGGGUUACCACCGGCUUUACGCGUCCUGCACCCUGUCCAACCCGAGGGCGAGCAGUCGGACACAGUUUGUCAUCUUCACCGUGUUUUUCCACUCCUUCACCUUUCUCCUGUCUUUUAUAGUGUUAUGUUUCACAUACCUCAAAGUCCUUAAAGUGGCGCGGUUCCACUGCAAGAGGAUCGACGUUAUUACCAUGCAAACUUUGGUGCUGCUUGUGGAUAUACACCCCAGUGUUCGGCAGCGUUGCCUCGAGGAGCAGAAGAGGCGACGGCAGAGAGCAACGAGGAAGAUCAGCACCUUCAUUGGCACCUUCAUGCUCUGCUUUGCUCCUUAUGUGAUCACAAGGAUCGUGGAGUUAUUUCCAGCAGUGCCUAUCAACCCUCACUGGGGGAUUGUCUCCAAGUGCUUAGCUUACAGCAAAGCCGCCUGCGACCCCUUCGUGUACUCCCUGCUACGACACCAGUACAAAAAGACAUGUAUGGACAUCGUCAACAGGCUGCUGAAACGCAGCUCCUCAAACGAAUCAGGAGGCAGGCUGGAGAACCAGGGCAACAGCAUACCGACAGCAGAGUGACGGAGAGGCACUGAUGAAACACAGCCUCAUGGUUGACCCGGCUGCUGCGAGGGGAAAUAUGAACCUGAUUCAUUGUUUACGAAGAUGAGAAUGAAUAUUGCUUUUUCUUGUCCAGAUCUGCGUGAAUUUGGUCUGACGUGACAAAAAAAGAAAGAGGGGAACGAGUCACUGCAGACAAGGGCAAACUUCUGCACAGGAGGAACAACACAGAGUGCUCAGAGCAGCAGAUCAGAGCAGUGAACCUGCUGUGAGGACAAAAAACUGCAGAUUUCACAUCCAGCUGGAAAAACAGAUGUGUUCACACAGGAAUUCUGGACAGUUAGCUCUCAUUAGUACAAAUAAGGUACAUUUCAUUCAGUAUACAGUGUCAAUUUUAUGUAUUUUAUAGUAUACUUGUUUUGAUAUAUAAGUAUUUAUUUGUCUAAUCUUUAAAACUGCUGGGAGUCUGUGCACAGUGUUUGCAAGUGACUAAGUGAUACUAAAUUUGCUAAUGUAGCACUUAAACUAGCUAAACUAAAACCAUAGCAUAGUGCUUGACCUAUUUAUUGUACAUUUCAGAAAAGAAGACAUUCCCUUUUAGCUUUACACCUAUAAACAAAUUAAUUAUUCAAGAGGGUCUCAGACCAUUUUAUUGACUUGGCCAGCCCGAGUUUGAAGUGGGAAAAUAAUGAUAAAAUCAGCUGUUUUUGCUGGUGUCAUUGUCCUUGAUAGUAUAUGGAUAAAUGGACUGUCAGCAAGUGUAGUAUGAAGGACUUACACACCCAACAACUUGAAAGUUUGGUUUAAUUCUAGUACAUAAAGAGUUAAUGACAAUUCAUUUUGUUCAACAUGUUUUUCACAUUGUGAAGGAAAACAAAACUGCAUCAAUAAUCACUAGACUGGCAAAAAACGGAAAACUAAACCGGGAAGCUUCCCUAUCCAAUGAUUGUUCACUUAUUUUAUAUUUGUAGAUGUUAGAUUUGAAUAAACUAACAUUUUAACACCACUUUAGCAUCUUAGAUUAGUUCUUGUUUUAGGGGUUCAAAUAGAAAAUCCUUUUCUGCUGAAAGUGUGAGUUCCACUUAAAAAACUUUUCUUCAGUAUUUCCUUUUCUCCACAAUUAAAAGUUUCAGAUCAGCAAAUUCCCAUAUCAAACAAAGAUGAUCUGAGUAAAAACAAAAUGCAUAAAAAAAAUCUAUGGUUUCAUAUAUUGAGGGAAAAAAAAUCUAUUCAAACCAACUCCAGCUUAUGUGACAAACGAUAAUGUCAUUCUGAGUCGAUGCAGCAAAUCAGGUCACACUACCACCACCAUGUUUGACUGCUCUUUAUCUGAAAUGGUGUCUUAGUUUUACUUCAGAUUUAAUGGGAUAUAAGCAGCUUCUGAGAAGUUCUACUUUUGUCUCGAUAGUACACAGAAUAUUUUCCCUGAAGUCUUGGGGAUCACCUAGAUGCUUUGUGGCAAAUGUGAGAUGGGCUUCAGUGCUUUCUUUGGUCAAUAGAUGUUUGGGCCUUGAAACUUUCCAACGAUUUGACGUGAUUUGUUCUUGACUUUCUUUAUAACUGGAUACGAUGUGUUGAUUUUUAAGGUCUUUUAGGCUACUCAGUGUUGUCAGACAGGUUAUGUUGAAGUCAGUGCCUAAUUUCACAGGUCUGGUAGUCAUCAGGUCAGGGUGUGACCAGUAAAACUGAAUUCAGGUUUCCAAAUGGCAUGGCUGAUCACAAUUAAUUCACAACUUAAACAGGAAAAUGUGUGCUAAACUUACCUUUUGCAUUCUCUUGUGUUGCCAUGUGUGUCUUUACUGCCUCCAUAAACACUUCAAACCUGGAAAAAAAACAUCUAUCCAUCUAAGUUUGGUUUUGAAAAUUAUCUGUCCAAUACAAGGCGUUUCAAAAGGUCCCUGUUUGUGAUGUCACAAAUGGGGAAAUUAGAAUAGAACCACCUCUCACGUGCCACACAGAGCUGCUGCUGGAGGAGCAGCAAAUCUACUCUGAUCCCCUCUCCGAUAUCAGAGCUUUGCAGCUUAUAGCAGCCUGAGCAGGGAUUGGUGGGUGUGGCCAGCUCUAGCUUGUUUUCUUUAAGUAACAGUGCCCUGAAAUGGCUCAUUCUGGAAGGCACUGAAACUGUCAAGAAUAAAACUGCAGAAAUCACUUCACAUGAGAGAUUUAGUGAAAAUAACUAAUUAAGAUGUUUUGUAUUGACCAUAGAACUAUUAUAGCUUAAGAAAAAAGUCAUGAUAUGCCUCCUUUAAGAAGUGGGGUGGGAUUUAACAAUUGCAAGAUCACUAUUAUUGUUCCGAUUACAGGUGGUGACUUACACAUUGGUAACUGGAUCCUUGCAGAAGUUUUUUUUGUCCACUAAAUAGAAACAUCUGCAGAAAUACCUGGAGCACAUUAUCCAAUUAAAAAACAACAACAGCUAUUAUUUUUCAUCAAAAUUUUAAAUAAGGUCAAACGGAUUAAUGCAUUUCUAUCAUCUUCCUUUCUUUGCUAAUGUUCAUAGUACCUGCUGAAACAAUUUGUAGUACAGAAAAUAAUCAUUUCCUCAAUAAAAAAACGUAAAGGUUAAGACUUUAUUCUGGAAGAAAAUCAUAAUUUGUUGAUAAGAAGCUGGAACGGGAGGACAUUUUUCUCAUAUGUCAGUUAUUAAACUUCUUCAUUAGCUGGUAUGUUUGUUAUAUUACUCCUUCACGGUUAACAUGUUCCAGCACUUUUGCAAACAUGCAAUCUUUUUGUAGUUCAGUAAUUCUGUCCACAACAUUUUCUCAAACAUGAGUGGUUAUAUUUUCCAGAGCAGCUUUUCUUACAAAAGUAUUUAACUAAAUCUUUCAUGUUGUCGUUUUUGUGUUCCAGAUAGCUUUUGGGUGUCAAGUAGCUGUAGAAGGUUUACAGUGUGAACUUUUUAUUCUUACAAUGAAUAGCUGUGAAUAUUUCUAAAGAUCCAUUUCUUCUGCUGUAGCCUCUCGUAGCUUUUGGGGGUUUAUGGCCUAAAGAUUGUUCUAAAUGUGCCCCUUUAGUCUUAUCAGGAUUCAGGCAGCUUUGCAUGAGAGGGUUUUUACUUUAAACAAGGUUAAAUGUUGGAAACAAAGUUUUACACAC